UGUGUGUGUGUGUGUGUGUGUGUGUGUGUGUGUGUGUGUGUCUCUCUCUCUCCAGAUAUUUGAGUGGUGGUAUUUCAGGAAAUACGGGACCUCCUUCAUAGAGCAGGUGUCUGUGAGCCACCUGCGCCCCCUGCUGGGCGGAGUGGACAGCAGCACCCCCAGCAACUCCAACACCAGUAACGGAGAGGCCGAUUCCAAUCGACAGAGUGUGUCCGAAUGUAAAGUCUGGAGAAAUCCACUGAAUUUAUUUCGCGGAGCCGAAUAUAACCGAUAUACGUGGGUGACGGGUCGAGAGCCGCUGACGUACUACGACAUGAACCUGUCGGCACAAGACCACCAGACCUUCUUCACCUGCGACUCGGACCACCUCCGGCCCGCUGACGCCAUUAUGCAGAAGGCGUGGAGAGAGAGGAACCCACAGGCUCGCAUCUCCGCAGCACACGAAGCUCUGGAGCUGGAGGAAUCCUCGAAACCUCUCCUCUCCUCCUGCAGCUGUGCGACGGCGUACAUCCUGCUGGCGGAGGAAGAAGCCACGACCAUCAUGGAGGCAGAGCGUUUGUUUAAACAGGCGCUGAAAGCCGGAGACGGCUGCUACCGCCGCAGCCAACAGCUCCAGCAUCACGGCACACAGUACGAAGCCCAGCACAGAAGAGACACCAACGUAUUGGUGUACAUAAAGAGAAGACUGGCCAUGUGCUCCAGAAAGCUCGGCCGAACACGAGAAGCUGUUAAAAUGAUGAGAGAUUUAAUGAAGGAGUUCCCUCUCCUCAGUAUGUUCAACAUCCACGAGAACCUGCUGGAGUCACUACUGGAGCUCCAGAACUACGCCGACGUCCAGGCCGUUCUGGCCAAGUACGACGAUAUUAGUUUACCCAAAUCUGCAACAAUAUGCUACACAGCAGCCUUGCUCAAAGCCAGGGCGGUGUCGGACAAAUUCUCUCCAGAGGCAGCAUCCAGACGAGGGCUGAGCACAGCAGAGAUGAACGCAGUAGAAGCCAUCCACAGAGCGGUGGAGUUCAACCCUCACGUCCCCAAAUAUCUGCUGGAGAUGAAGAGUCUGAUUCUUCCUCCAGAACACAUCCUGAAGAGAGGAGACAGCGAGGCCAUCGCCUACGCCUUCUUCCACCUGCAGCACUGGAAACGGGUGGAGGGGGCGCUCAACCUGCUGCACUGCACCUGGGAGGGCACGUUCAGAAUGAUCCCGUAUCCUCUGGAGAAAGGUCACCUGUUCUAUCCUUACCCCAUCUGCACAGAGACGGCCGACAGAGAGCUGCUACCCAAAGCAGUGUUUCACGAGGUGUCGGUCUACCCGAAGAAGGAGCUGCCCUUCUUCAUCCUCUUCACAGCCGGCCUCUGCUCCUUCACCGCCAUGCUGGCUCUGCUCACACACCAGUUCCCCGAGCUCAUGGGAGUGUUUGCUAAAGCUUUCCUCAGCACGCUGUUCGCUCCGCUCAACUUCAUCAUGGAGAAGGUGGAGAGCAUCCUGCCGUCCAGCCUCUGGCACCAACUCACCCGCAUCUGACCCAGACCCGACCCGAAUCAGACCCAGGACCAGGACCUCCUUCCGGACAGAAACAGCCGAACUGAAACCCGGAGCGCUGCGUUGGACCGGACUGACGCACCUUUGUGCCGAGAUCAGCGAGUUCAAAACCAAACCGAGGGACAGACGAGGAGAGACGGGAGACAGAAAAAGGCAAAACACUGGAAUCCAGAUGUGGUUUUGACUUUAUUUGAUAUGUUUGCAUUUUUGGGGGUUUUCAAUCAUUUAAAGCUGUUCUUUUGUUGUACAAAAAAAAAAAAAAAAAAGGAAGUGAUCGAUUGCCAUCAUUAAAAAAGUGAAAAGACAAAAAAAUACAAUAAAGGACUUUUUGUGUAUCGCUGCAA